AUGGGGAACCAUGGCCCUCCAGAUGAUGCUGGACUCCAUCACCCAUCAUCUUCAACUAGCAUCGAGGGCAAGGCACAUCCUAGCGUAUGCACCCUUGAUGAUCCUGUCCACAUCCGGCACCAGGAUUAUCAACCAAGGGACUUCAUCGUUGGUGGAAUUGCUUCUCUACUCUCAUUCUUCUCUGAUAAUGUAAUUUUCAAUGAACCCCCCAGAAUGAAGCAGAUUGAGGAACUUGUAGCAAUCCCAAAGAACUACCAGCAUGUCCUCUCCUUGAUGUUUGCUGUAAAGGAGAUCAACAAGAAUUCUGACAUCUUACCCAAUGCCACAUUGGGUUUCCACAUUUAUGAGAACUACUUUGAUGCAAAGAUGACUUACCAGAACUCCUUGAAUCUUCUCUGCAGUCAGGAGAGGAUUGUGCCCAACUACAACUGUGACACUGGGAAGAAGAUGAUAGCCAUCAUUGGAGGACUGGACUCAGAAACCUCUCUUCACAUAGCCACCAUCUUAGGCAUCUACAAGACUCCACAGGUCACUUACAGCUUACUUGCUCCAACAGUGAGUGAUAAAACCAAGCUCCCUUUCUUGUACCAAAUGGUUCCCAGUGAAGACUAUCAGUAUGAUGGGAUUGUGCAACUCCUUCAGCAUUUCCAGUGGAACUGGAUCGGGCUCAUCGUGACAGAUGAUGAUAAAGGAGAAACAUCUUUGCAGCAUUUGAUAGCAAAACUUUCCCAGAAUGGCAUCUGCACUGCCUUAACUUACAGAAUACCCAUCAUGAAAUACUUUGCAGACAUGGUGAAUAACUUUUACCUCACAAAAGGUGAGUCCUUUUCCUUAAGCAAGGCCAGUGCGGUCAACGUGUUUGUUGUCAAUGCAGACAUUCAGACCAUGCUUGGGCUAAUCAUCUAUAUAGUUCUAGAGCAAUUUGGAGAAAUGAAUGCGACCGAUGUUGGUAAGGUGUGGAUCAUGACAGCCCACUGGAGUUUUGAACUACAGGCUUUGCAAAGGGCUUUUGAUAUAGAUGUCUUCCAAGGUGCCUUGUCUUUAGCAAUUUACUCCAGUGAGGUGAAUGGAUUCCAGCAUUUCCUUCACAAUCUAAAUCCUCACUCGACACAAAGAGAUAGCCUUGCCAGGGUCUUCUGGGAGAAGGCAUUUGGUUGCUUGUUUCAAGGUGGGGACAAUGAGGCAGGCUGCACUGGGGAGGAGCAGCUGGAGAGCCUUCCUGGGCCAUUAUUUGAAAUGAGCAUGACUGGCCAGAGCUACAGCAUCUAUAAUGCUGUGUAUGCCGUAGCACAUGCUUUGCAUGCCAUGUCCUCCUGUAGAUCAAACCACAGAGCAGUCGUGGAGGGGAAUACAAUGGAGCCAGAAAUUCUGCAUACUUGGCAGCUUCAUCCUUUUCUUCAGAGCAUCUCAUUUAACAACAGUGCUGGGGACACCAUAGCUUUUGAUGAGAACAGUGUGUUAGGAGCUGGCUUUAAUAUUAUAAACUGGGUUACCUUCCCAAACAAAUCCUUCCUAAGAGUGAAAGUAGGAAAUAUGGAUCCCCAAGCGCCAUUGGGCAGAGAGUUCACUAUUAACGAGGAUAUAAUCGUGUGGCACAGGCUGUAUAAUCAGGUGCUGCCCCUUUCUGUGUGCAAUGACAACUGCCAUCCAGGAUACAGAAGAAGAAAAAGGGAAGGGGAGCCAUUUUGUUGCUAUGAUUGUGUUCUGUGUCCAGAAGGAAAGAUCUCUGACAAGAAAGACAUGGAUGACUGCUUCAAAUGCCAAGAAGCUUGGUAUCCAAACCCCAAUCAAACUGGAUGCCUUCCAAAGAAUCUACACUUCCUGUCUUUUGAUGAACCUUUGGGCAUCAUCUUGGCGGUUAUGGCUCUGGCUCUUUCUGCAACCACAGCGUUGGUGCUUAAAAUCUUCAUCAAGCACCGGAACACUCCCAUCGUCAAAGCCAACAACCGGAACCUCAGCUAUGCUCUGCUCGUCUCCCUCCUGCUUUGCUUCCUCUGCUCCUUGCUAUUCAUUGGCCGCCCCCAGUUACUGACUUGCCGUUUGCGACAACCUGCUUUUGGAAUCGUCUUCUCAGUGGCUCUUUCUUCUGUCUUGGCAAAAACCCUCACGGUGGUUCUGGCUUUCAUGGCCACCAAGCCAGGAUCCAAGAUGAGGAAAUGGGUGGGGAAAAGGUUUUCAUACUCUAUUAUUCUUGGCUGCUCAUUGAUUCAAAAGAUCAUUUGCACAGUCUGGCUUUGUGCUGACCCUCCAUUCCCAGAGCUGGACAUGCAGUCGUUGCUUGCAGAAGUCAUAGUGGAAUGUAAUGAAGGCUCAGCCAACAUGUUCUACUAUAUUCUUGGUUACAUGGGAUUGCUGGCUCUCAUCAGCAUCAGUGUGGCUUUCUUUGCUCGGAAGCUGCCCGAUACUUUUAACGAAGCCAAGUUCAUCACCUUCAGCAUGUUGGUGUUUUUUAGUGUGUGGGUCUCUUUUGUUCCAACAUAUCUGAGCACCAAAGGGAAAUACAUGAUAGCUGUGGAGAUCUUCUCCAUCUUGGCCUCCGGUGCUGGAUUGCUGGGUUGCAUCUUUUCUCCCAAAGUUUAUAUAAUGUUUUUAAGACCUGAACUGAACAGAAAAGAGCAACUAAUAAGGAGUAACAAGAUAACUACAUAG